UUGCCUCGUCCCGCCCCUGCCUCUGAGUGACAGGACCGUGGACAGCAACAUUUCCAGCCGGACGCGAAGUUUGUCGGCCCUUGCCUUGGCUGAGCUGAGUAAGAAAAAACAACCAAGAAUAUUAUUUUUGGUAUCUGGAAUUGAGUUUGCCAGGAAUGCAAGCACAGCUUCCUCAGUAAAGACCUUGCUUUUGGAAACAUCUUACCCCUUGGCAGCUUUCCAGAGUUCAGACUUGGCAGCAUCAAGGACACAACGCAAGGCAUUUUGGAGAUCAAAGAUGGGUAGGAAAGAUGCUUCCACUACAAAACUUCCUGUUGAUCAGUACAGAAAACAAAUCGGUAAACAGGAUUAUAAAAAAACUAAACCUAUUUUACGAGCAACCAAAUUAAAAGCAGAAGCAAAGAAAACAGCAAUAGGCAUAAAGGAAGUUGGCCUGGUGCUUGCAGCUCUCCUCGCCCUCCUUUUAGCUUUCUAUGCUUUCUUUUAUCUCAGACUAUCCACAGAUGCUGAUCCUGAUUUGGACCCAGAUGAAGAUUAGCUGAGCAGCAAUCAAUGAACGAAAUGGAAAUAAUUUUAUAAAAGCACCUUUUGGGACCAAUACUAUCUGAUGUACUGAAUUAGUGUAUAGCUGGAUUUUUUUUCUGUUGGUAUUUUUAGUUUACAGAAAUAUCUUUUCAAACAGUUGCAUUGAAUAUCAAGAGAAGAAUCUUACCUAGCCCUAUAAUAUAUGUGGUGUAUGACCAGAUACUUUUAUAAAUCCUUCUGUUUUUAACAGCACCCUAUACCUGGCUCCUUUAGAUAAAAUGGAAAGCAGAUCUUAAUUUUUCAGAUGCCUUAGCCAAUUCAUGUGUAUAACUUUAUCAUUUACACAUUACCAAAUCUAUUUUUGUCCUCUAUAUAUCAUAAAUAAAAGUAUAUGUCCUCAUUUACAGAAACAUACUCAAAUCAUAUUCAGUGCUUAAGAAGGAAUGAAAAGUGAUGGGAUUUUUUUAUUUUACAAAGAAGCUCUGCUUUCUUUCCAGACGUAUUUUAUAUCAUUAGAGAGACUAUCUGCACAUACAUCUACAGCAGUCUCUUUUCCUUCUUUGCCAACUGUUCGUUGCACAUGUGCUUCGUCAGAAAUGGCACCUGGAUGACAGAAGCUCAAAGAGUCACAUAUGUCUCUAAAAUAGAGUUCCUUUCCUCUUGGGCUGUCUGAACUGGUGUAAAUAGAAAGUUCACUUGAUCUUGAUUUUAAUUAACUUAUUACUCUAUUAAUAUAAGCUUGGAAUUCUAUUUUAAUUAUGUUGUUCUGGCUGCUUGCAGUAUCCCUUUGCCCCUCUUGUUAGGGAGAUAUGUAACAAUCUGUCAUUUCAUUGUGCGGUGUUUUUCACACAACAGUGAUAACAGAAGUCCUAUCUAUGCAGAAUCAUUUUCCUGGUUUGUCUUCUAAAUCCGGACAAUACAAAAUUGUUUUAAAAAUUUA